AUGGCCUCCAGCUCAAGCUCAAGCAAUCCCGCUCAAGCCGCACCCUCCCUCCCCUCUCCUACCAUCCUCCUCUUUGCUCGAGGAGUGGUCGCUCUGUUGGACCUCUGGCCAGCACUUACCAUAGCCGUAGCGGAACAAUGGGGUGGUGCCGAAUCAGCAGAGAAAAAAGUCUGGAUGGCCUCGGUUAUAGUCGAUGAGUUUGAGUCAAGAGCGGUGUUCCUCCCAUCAACAGCUGGCGCAGGCUCCGAUACCGCAACACCAGCGGCUCCAGUAGUGGAUCCACGAACGGCCGAUGAUCCCCCACUGGACUUGGACGAUUUGGGAGACUUGAUACACCAGAUGAUGUCUGAUGAAUUCGAUGCCAAUAUCGAGGACAACUCCAUCGACGCAGUGACAGCCGAUAUCCUGCGUCUGUGGAAAGAUUUGCUCUCACCUUCAACUAAUACUUCACCGGAAAACCUGGUAUCAGCUCUCGAGACCCGUGCGGGACAGGUGAAGCGAUCAGGCGUAAAUGCUUCGUCUGGCGGAGGACCUCAAGAGAUGAAUGGUGGAGAUGUACACGAUGACGAAGCUGGAGAUUGGACAGAUAGUGAUAAUAGUGAGGAUGAUGGGGAGGUACCUCAGUUGGUGCCUGUGAAACAGGAGAAGGAGAAAGUGGAGCCGGUCUUUGAUGAGGAUGGAUUCGAGUUGGUACAGAAAGGUCGGAGGCGGUGA